CCUACCGAUGCGUUCAGUGUCAAAGGUCGUUUGCUUUGCGAGCUGGCAGUCGCCAUUUUCCGUACCGACAGAGGUGCGACUUUUGCACCGAAAAUGGCUGAAAAUCGAUAAAUUUUCGUCACCGAUUGCUGUUUAAGGACGUGGGACGUGCGUAUGUGCAUCUCGACUCUUGUGACGACGCUCUUAAAGGGACUUCACGUGUGUUGUGUUCCUCCUGACAUCGUUUCUCGCUGUUGUCAGAGGCAAGUCACGUAACCCACAACGGAACCUCAGCUCUGUCACGAGUAUUUUUGUAUACACAGCCGGGUAGGAAUUUGUUUGGACGCCAGCGCUCAAAUUCUGUGUAGAAACCGUGGAAUUCUUUCUGCAAAAUCGUCAGCUUUGUCUCAGGAAGUUUGUUUCUUCAGGAAAAAGUCUUAGAUUUUGUGUGCAUCGUCUGAGUUGCGUUGGGACUGUGUUGUAGAACAAACAAGAGGAAGCCGGAACAACGUUUCAUCGGGAGAAAGACUUCCUGACAGGAACUUUUUUUGGCGGGAAAUGCGUCUGCAGACGAUAGUAUCACCUCCCAGACCACAGUAACUGUUUCGUAGUUGUUAUUACGAGAUUAGUCGUGAUGUUUUCGGCGCUGAAGAAGCUAGUAGGAAGCGAGCAGGGGAGGGGCGGGGCCAACAUGCCGCCCGGGAUGCAGUCACUCAACCCUGCACUGCAGAGGAAAUUCGCCAGGGGCGUCCAGUACAAUAUGAAAAUUGUCAUCAAGGGUGACCGUAACACGGGGAAGACCUGCCUGUUCCACCGACUACAGGGACACAAGUUUGUAGAGGAAUAUCUCCCUACUCAUGAACUACAGGUUGCCACCAUAGUUUGGAACUACAAAGCCACUGAUGACGUAGUAAAGGUUGAGGUGUGGGACGUCGUUGACAAAGCCAAGAAACGCAAGAAAUCGGACUCGCUCAAGCUAGAGAACGAUCCAGACCUCGCAGACGAGUUUGCGCAGGCUCUCGACGCUGAAUUCCUCGACGUGUACAAGAACUGUAACGGCGUGAUAAUGAUGGUUGAUAUCACCAAGCAGUGGACGUUCGAUUACGUGGCACGCGAGUUACCCAAAGUGCCCGCGCACAUCCCCGUAUUGAUUCUGGCGAAUUUUCGCGACAUGGGCGAGCAUCGUGUCAUCAGCGCCGACCACCUCAUCUAUUGGAUCGAGGGGCUGGACAGACCGGAGGGUGCGGCGGACAUACGGUUCGCCGAGUCUUCCAUGAGGAACGGGUUUGGACUGAAGUAUCUCCACAAGUUCUUCAACAUCCCCUUUCUUCAGCUACAAAGGGAGACGUUGCUACGGCAACUGGAGACAAACAAGCGGGACAUGAUGGCGAUGAUCGAGGAACUCGGCAUCCACUCGGAAUCGGAGGAGCAGAAUUACGACUUGUACAUCCAGGGAUUGGCCAAGAAGAGGAGGCCGACGCCCACCCGACCCACGCACCUUCCCACGGAAGCCCAGAAUGGCGGCGGGAAUGCCGAGAACCAAUCAGAUUCGGCCGCGACAACGCCCGCACGAUCCAACCUCUCCACUCCUGCAACCACGCCAUCCAUGUCGAAUACAGCCACCCCAGCCACCACCCCAGGGGGGUACACCCCUGCGUCAACCCCCGGGGGUUACACACCCUCCCCCACCCCUGGGGCAACCACGCCAGCCACCACCCCAGCCCAGGAGAACAAGCCAACCCCACAGAAGCAAGGUUUCAUGUCGAGAUUGUUCGGGAACUCCAGCCCUGCCCAGCAGGACACAGCUGCCCCUGACCCAGGGGCUGGCACCACCACCCCAACCUCCCCACCCUCGGGGGCCAUCAAGGCCGUGGAGGACUUUGUUCCUGAUGAAGGUUUAGACAGCCGGUUUUUGGACGAACCGGAACCUUCCAAACCUGCACCGGUCCGGACUGCGGAUCCAGCCAAUAUGGAGGACUCAGACAGUGAUGUUGAAGGAAACCCCAUGGUGGCAGGCUUUGCAGAGGAGAUCGAUUCGGAGGAUGAGAUGCCCAAUCAGGCGCCCGCGAAAUUGGCGUCCGCAAGUCUGGACAUCGACCUUUCCAGUGACGAAGACGAACCCGUGGUCGCCAAGGACGCAGACAUCGAAGACGACCUACCAACCCCCAUCCUACAGCCACAGAAAACAACAGAUUCCCUCAAACCCCUUUCUGAUCCCUUCACUACAAAACCUCACACUGUGUCAAACGAUGCAGAAGAGGUCCAAGAGACUGUCCAAUCAGACGGUGAUGAGGACACGAAUCAACCAAUCAUAGCUGCCGAUGUAGACAUUUCCAGUGAGGAUGAACAGAAGGGACUUGAUGAUUGGUUAGGAGGAGGAGGGGGGGAGGGUAAAGUUGAUGGGUUGGUAUCAAAGGUAGAUGAUAUCAGCUUAGAUGGAGCGGAAGCUGCAGUAGAACUUAAGAAAGAGGAUUUCGAUUUCUUAGAGAAAGUCAGCAAGCCGUUGUCAGGACAAGAGUCGGGAGAAGGGGACAGGGAAGACAUCAGCCAGAAGAAGAAGAAGAAGAAAAAGAAAGAUCGCAGGAGUGAUGGAGAGGAAGAUGGAGAGAAGUCCCACAAGAAGAAGCACAAGAAACACCGGGAGAAAGAGAAGGAGAAAGUGUCAGAUGAAGGAGAAGGGAAGAAGAAAAAGAAGAAGCACAAAAAGAAGGAAGUGGACGAAUUGGAAGAGUUUCUGGGGGGUGGGGUAGGUAAAGGGGGAGGGGGUGGGGAAGGGUACGAGAUAUUUUGAUUGGUAGCCAAGAGCCAUCCGAAGCACACUGUACUUAAAAUAAGACAUAAUUUAAGAGAUGAAAAAAAGCCAAAGUUUCUUACAAUGUCCUAAUCAGAUUUAUGUAUCAUAAAGGUUUCCUCUCGAUACAAGAAUAGUAUACACAUGUUCAUAUAUGACAGUGUACCUUAUUGCAAACAAUUUGUUUUGUUGCUGUAAACAAUUUAUAUUGGAGCACUGAUUGAAAGAGAGAUUUGAUGCCAAACUCAUUUGACAACAUAUCAUAUAAUAUGUAUAUUGUUGAAUGGCAUUCCUUGUAUUUGAUACAUUUCAUCCCAUGGCAUCCAAACUGUAUGAUACCCACUGAGGAUCAUACAAAUAUACUUUAUGAUAGUAUGUCUUGUUUUUUUGGCAAUACCACAGGAGUGGAGGCAUUUUCCCACUUCUGAGGCCAAUGAAAAUAAAUGUGUCUCCAGUUAACUGACUGACUCUAGCAAAGACCUGUUGACCCUAGCAGUUUAGCUUAUCAAUAUAUUUUUGCUUGCCCAUGUAUAUCUGUAUCAUUACAAUGUGAAAAUACCAGUGCCUGAUGCAUUUCAGUUUUACAUUGCUUAAAUGGAUUUGGCAUAAUACUUCACCCUAAAUCUAGGAAAAGAGAAAUAUUUCUUAAACCAGAAACACUUCUUAUUUUUCCUAAGCCUAACUACAGAUCAUACAGAAUCUGAUGUACUUUAUGAUAGUAUUGUGUUUUUUUCGCAAUGUCUUAAGAGUGGAGGCAUUUUUUUCACUACUAAUGCCUUUAUUCAUGCUCAAAGUAGGAUAGAUAAUAUUGUAUACUACUAUCAUCAGAUGCUUUUUGCCCUAACUACAUCUGCUGUAACUUGUAUGUCUGUUUUAAUUGAAAUGUCUGAAGAUUUGACUUGUAGAAAUGCUUGGUAUUUAAUGUAAUCUUGAUAGUAUAGUGUUGUUACUAUCAUGAUGGUUUACAUUUGGCACAUGUGAUCUGAGUUG